GCUUCCUUGUAAACUGGCUCAAAUUUUCAAUGUUGUUUAACUGAUAAAUAAACUAACUGAUCGUCUAUGUGUGGUGGUAUUAGCUACCAACGAUUAUCAUAAAAUGCCUAAAAAGUAUAUUGUGAAAACGCUAACUAGCGUUGUGAAAGGAUAUACAAAAUUGGUCACAUUUCUGGAGAAAAAAUGGGCUGAUAAACAUGCUUCAUCGUUUCGUAAUUAUACAUUAUUCAAAAAAGGUGUACAUUCGACGUUAAUGGAUGUCAGUGAUCUUGGCCAACUGAUGACUCAUAUCACUCUUUGUUCACAGUCAGUUGUAGAGUUAUUGCCAACUUUAAACCGACAUCAAGUGUAUGUUUUACGUCAGGUACCUAAAGAUUUGAUUCGCAUUUCUCCUGUAUUAAUUCUUGCUCCACUACCUGGAACUAUACUAAUUUUACCUUUAUUUUUCGCUUUCCCACGAGUAUUUCUAUCUCGAGCAUUUUGGACACCAGAACAGUGUGAAUCUAUAGACACAAAAGCCCUGGCACAUAGAUUUGAUAGUGCAGUUCAAUCUUCAUUAUUAGAAAAGCUUCAGUUAGUUACUGAGACGUCUUUAUCGUCUGCCAGUUACUCCCAACCUGUUCUUAGAUCCUUAAAAGAAUUCGCUGAUGUUUUAAAUCAGAUUUCACAAUCAAAGCCGAUAACAGUGAAUCAGGUUCCUGCAAUAAUCCCAGCUUUUAAAGGUCCUUUGGCUUUAGAGCGACUGGAUAAAUCACAUUUGACUGGUCUAUGCAAGCUACAUGAUCUAUCAAUUUGUUCAUAUGCUUGGACAAUGAACAGUUUCCUAUGGAGUGAUACAUACACAAGAAAAUCUAUUCUACAAACUUAUCGUAUACUUGUAUUGAAAAAGCAUGCGCAUUUUUUGUAUGCAGAGGACAAAUGUAUGAACACUGAAAACCUCUGCAUUGAUGAUGAUAAUAAUAAUAGUACAUCAUCAGAGUUUAAACAGCUUUGUUUAUUACGUGGCAUUAAUCCAUACGCAAUGAAUGAUAAAGAUUUAAUGGAAGAACUACGCUUGUGGAUUUCAAUGUCUAUGAUCGCAUCAAGUACAGAUUACAGUUUUCGUCUACAUCUCCCCUUGUUGUUGUGUUACAACACCAAGAACAGCAAAAGUGAAUUUCUGACUAAUUAACUAAUAUAUUAUGGCUGCCUGGUCGACUAUUUUGGAUAUAAUGGGCUAGUUAACAGACUGGUUAUGUGUAUUUUAUCCCAACCUUUCUAUUUCUGUAUAUUCUUAAUUAUUGCGUGUGUGUGGGGGUGGUCGACAAUCAGUUGCAUAAUUAUCUAUCUAACUAACUAAUUAUUCAUCGUUAAUUUAGUUAAUAUUUUUUUGUAUCUAGUCGAAAAUUGUUCUCCUACUUCCUACUUCUCUGCUGUAAUUUACACUUCCUUUUCUAUUUUCUGUACUUCUUCAUUGAAGAAAUUAUCAUUAACACUAUUGUAGUAUACUGUAUUCAUAUAUAUUGACUACAAUCCACUGAUAUGAUGAAUUUAAUUUAAAAUUGUGAGUUUUGA